AUGGCCUUCCCAAACUGCGGCAUGGAUUUUACUGAGAUGAUGAGGGCGCUGGGGUACCCCCGACUCAUAUCGAUGGAGAAUUUCCACACCCCAAACUUCAUGCUUGUUUCCGAGGUGCUUCUCUGGCUAGUGAAAAGGUAUGAACCUCAGACUGAUAUUCCUCCUGAUGUGGAGACAGAACAGGACCGGGUUUUCUUCAUUAAGGCGGUGGCUCAGUUCAUGGCUACCAAAGCUCACAUAAAGCUCAACACUAAGAAGCUUUACCAGGCAGAUGGCUAUGCAGUGAAGGAGCUGCUAAAGGUCACCUCUGUGCUUUACGGUGCUAUGAAUACCAAGGGAGUGGAACGUGCAGAUGUGAGUGAGGAAGACAGCAGCAAGUUCAAGUUUGAUCUUGGCUCAAAAAUUGCUGACUUGAAGGCAGCUAGACAGCUUGCUUCCGAAAUUACCUCCAAAGGAGCGAGUCUGUACGACUUACUUGGCAAAGAAGUUGAACUAAGGGAAGCAAGAACAGAAUCUAUUGCCAGACCUUUGGAGAUAAAUGAGGCUGAGAAGGUGAUGAAAAUUGCCAUUGACUGUGUUCUGGAACAAGUCCAAAAGACUAAAGACAUGUUGAAUAAUGUGGCUUUGGAUGAAGCCAAUUUGGAAGCCAAGAUUGAAAAAAGAAAAUUGGAACUGGAAAGAAGCCAGAAGAGGCUACAGACUCUGCAAAGCGUUCGUCCAGCUUUUAUGGAUGAGUAUGAGAAGAUCGAGGAGCAACUGCAGAAGCAAUACAGUAGCUAUCUAGAAAAAUUCCGUAAUCUGACCUACAUGGAGCAGCUCCUGGAUGAUCAUCGACGGACAGAGCAAGAGAUGUUUGAGGAAGCAGCAAACAUGCUGCGUCUAAUGCAGCACAGGCUGAAGGAAGAGGAGCAGCACCCGCUCAAGAGUGGAAAUAAUGAUGAUUCCGAUGUAGAGAUUCAAGAGGAUGAAGGAUCCGACAGUGAAGUGGAAGACAGGCAGAUCACGAAGCAGCGCACCGCCACGGAAACGCUACUGCGAGGAAGAGCUGGUGCACGGAUCGUGGGAACGAUGCAAGGUGGAGACACGGAGGAAGAUGAGGAGUCGGGGGAUAGCGAGAUCGACCUGGAUGAAGAUGAAGAGGAGGAUGAUAUGGAAGACGACAGCAUGGAAAUCUCCCCAAGCAAAUCCAGUCACCGAGCAAGGAAGCCAGAGCCACUGGAGGAAAGCGAUAACGACUUCUGAUCCUUCAGUACCAGGACCAGGAGGCACCUGGAAAUACAAACUUUGGAGAGCACGCAGGCCAGGGGCUGAUCUCCGGCUGCUGGAAAAGCGCUUGUAAGCGUAAAUUCAGGAGUCGGUAAAUAAUGUUCAUUAAACUUGAAAAUUAAACUC